GAGAAGAGAGGUUGGCUUCAUGAGCAGAGUGUGGGUAAUAUAGCCCCAGCCACAUCUGCCCAGCAGUCAGCUCGAGCAGUUAGCUUCACCCGGACCUCAGCAGAAUAGAGAGCCCAGUGUGAAGCAGGAUGAAGCUUUCCAUUGGACUCCUUUUCUGCCUUCUGCUCCUGGGUGUUGAUGGCCAAAGCUGGUUGUCAUUCGUCAAGGAAGCUGGUCAAGGGGCUAGAGACAUGUGGCGAGCUUACUCUGACAUGAGAGAAGCCAAUUACAAAAAUUCGGACAAAUACUUCCAUGCCCGGGGGAACUAUGACGCUGCCCAAAGGGGACCUGGAGGUGCCUGGGCUGCUAAAGUGAUCAGCGAUGCCAGGGAAGGUAUUCAGAGUCUCCUGGGCCAUGGAGCAGAGGACACAACAGAAGACCAGUUUGCCAAUGAAUGGGGCCGGAGUGGCAAAGACCCCAAUCACUUCCGACCUACAGGUCUGCCUAGCAAGUACUGAGCUUCCUCCUCACUCUGCUCUCAAGAAAACCCAGCUGAGAACCCUUGAGGACCUGGACACAUUUGCUUAACUAGUUGCUUAAUUUGAUGUCCCUAGUACUUAACAUAGAACACAUAAAAAUGUUUAAUAAAUGCUUGUGAAUUCAA